AUGACGAUCACACACCUGGCGAGCUCCCUCUCUGCGAGGACGUCCUUCGUCUUCGAUUGCUCCAAUGAGUCGAUCCACUCCUUGGACCCAGAUUGCAUGCGGCUGCGGGAUCUCUAUGUCGGCAAGGAGGUGCUCGGAGCCAGUGUGAACACGGACUGCGGGGUGCCCUAUGAGACGGAGAACCCCUACAAGCGGGUGAAGCGGCCCAUCUACAUCCACGACUCUCGGGACGGGCUGUGGUAUCACUGCUGCGAAUACCGACCGCCCUACGGGUACUUCACCCACAGGACGCACCCGCCGUUGCUAAAGGCGGAGCACAUCUCUUUGGGUGGGAUGGCCAUGAAGUUCGUGUCGGGGCUCUUCAAGAAGAAGAGCAAGACGGAGCCGGAGCACCUCCCCGUGGGAGAGGCCCCGGAAGCAGAGGGGGACAUCAUGGAGCAAGCGCAGGGGCCUCUGCUCCAGUGCAACGCCUACGAAAAUCUGAAGCUGGUGCAAAACAAGGCCAUCGGCACCCGAGAGAGCCUGGGAGACAUGCCGAUGCGGUGCAUGGGCGACGAGGCGGUGCUGCUGCGCCGCUUCACCGGGGGCACCGUCCGCCCGAAGCCGAACAACCCCAUCGACCCGGCCAACCCCCCGAAAGACACGGAGUGCGUGGAUAUUGGGCCGAAAGGCACUGCCACGGUGGUGGGCAAGAACUACGCGGUGUUCAUGCUCGAAGCCCCCGCUUUCUUGAGCACGCCGUGGAAUGUGGCAGAGAGGCCCAAAGCAGGCGGUGGCCUGAGCGGAGUUUGGUUUCCGCGCCGGCGCAGGCCGAGGGAGAUCGCGCCGCUUCCUGUGAGCAGCGCGAAAGGAAAAAGGCGCGUGGUGUUCUUCCUGGGCUUUGUGGGAUUCUGUCUUUGGAUCAUGGCCUUCUACGAGCCCUGCCAGGUGGACUCGAAGUCCAGACGAGACUGCGGCUACGCGGGCGUCAGCUCAGCCUAUUGCAUCACCGGGUCCUGCUUCACCAGCCGCGGCGGGAAGCUGGAGAAGAAGACGGUGAAGGUGGAGCGGAAGAAGGGCGGCACUUUAGGUCUGGAGGUGAAGAAGGAGGAGAAGGGCGACCUGGUCCUGGUGCGAUCCGUCGGCGCAGGCGCCGUGCAGGCCUACAACGACCAGCUGCCCGCAGACUCCGACCAGAGAAUACGCAGCGGCGACGUCAUCGCGAAGGUGGAUGGCAGCGCCAAGAACCUGGCAGAGGAGCGCUGGCCCGCAGUGGGGAGAAGCUCGUGGAGCUGGAGGUGA